AGCUCUGCGGGUUUUGAGAGUGCAAAAUAUGUAAAAAUAAUCCGGUUUACUUGAUUUUAUACAAAUUUUUGUUUCGUUGCUGUAGUUUGUGAAUAAUUUUUAGAGAAUAUUACUGAAAUUUGUUUGUUUCGGAAGAUUUUUGACUGACAGAGUUGGUUGGUACGCGAUGAUACUUUUGGGUGUGGUAGGAUUUUUGGUCGCAACUGCUAAUGUAGUGCAAGCUACGGGGCGGCAGCAGUUGUCAACACCCGUUUGCACGUCGGAUCUUUGUCAUCAAGUUGCCCGUGAAAUCGUAUCCAAACUGGAUGAAACCGUUGAUCCAUGCCUGGAUUUUUACGCCUAUGCAUGCAACCGUUCGAAUAGCAGCAGCGGUUUGUGGAGCGAGGUGCUCCGUCUCAAGAUUUCCGAGCAGCUGAAGAAGCUAUUCGACAGUGGAAAUUUCACCAAUCGCAUGGAGAAGAAAGCAAUGGACAUAUACAAUCAAUGCAUUAACGAGACGAAAGCCGGGCCAUUCGACGUCCAGACCAUUCGCAGGCUUGUGCGUGCUGUUGAUGGCUUCUUUAGUGGAUGGUCGCUACUGAAAAGCAAUCCCAAUGUGUCCGCCUUUCGCCUAAACGACGUUCUUCUCCAUCUGCAGCAGAACGACAUUCAGACCAUCAUCCGUCUGUCCGUAGAAAUAAACGAUUUUUCCAGCGAUCAGAAUAUCCUCUUCUUUAGGAUGCCUGAGCGCCUUUAUGAGCGGAGGGGACUUUGUGGCCGUAACCCCAGUCCAUGCAAUGCAACUGGGCAGCUGAUGACCAUAUGGAAGUUGAUUGUCCAGGGUUUGAUAAAAGUGACGAAUGCAAGUGUCCAGUGGUCAACGGUUGAGAAGCGGCUGGAAAAAGUUCUGUUGUUGGAUUUUAUGAUGGCAACGGUGCCAAACGCAACGGCGAACGUUCUAAAUCGUUUAACGUUUGGUGAUCUCAGUAAACCACCAUUCCGUUCGCGAUUCCUGUCGAGCUUAUUGCCGCUGUUCAAUGCCAUAUUAACAGCUUCUUCGGUGAAAUUCCAAGCCACCACCGCUACACAGAUUGGGAACGUUUUUCCGGAGUAUCUCCUCAAGCUGGAUCAGACGAUGGCACAGUUGGAAUCAGACGGUGAUACGGGCCUUGCGACACUAGCUGAUUGGUUCUGGUGGACUGCGCUCUAUCACCAUUACCUUGCAUAUAUAGAGGCGCGCAACUGCGUGCAGCUGGUGAAAACAGCCAUGCCGUUGACUGUUUCGGGAAUGUUCUUCAAUGCAUACAUAACGAACAAAGCUGUUCGAAAGGCAAAAGAGCUGGCAUUCGAAAUACUCAACGGAAUACGCACAGUCCUGCUGAAAACAGCCUGGAUGGACCGGGAAACAAAAGAAACCGCCAAGAACAGACUAAACAACACAUUGUUGAAAAUUGGUUAUCCCGAAGAGCUUUUAGAAAAAUGGACUCUGGUCGAUGACCUCUACGAAAAGGGUUCAAGUGGGAAUGUCAAUAUACGAGACAAUGCGCACCAUUGAUCAAAGCAACAGCUGGAUCAACCUCCAAGAACUCACCCACACUAGAGCUCGCAGCGAUUCCUUUUGCCCGGCCGACCUUACGAAAGUAUUCGCCGAGACGAACUCGGAAAGCAGUUAUAUUGUAAUUCCGGAAUCACUGUUACAGCCACCAAUGUUCUACGCAAGUAAAUUGGAUAUUUUUAAUUACGCUCGUUUGGGUUUUGCCAUUGGCCACGAAUUCACCCACGUUUUGGAUAUCGG